AAAGCGCAAACAAGGCCAAUGGAUUACGCGCUUCGCGCCACCUAUGGACACCUACCUACGAAACUUCUUUGCUUCCCUUCAACCCUCAAAGCUACCCAACAUAAGUUCAACUUGAGCCAUUCUUUUCAUUUGCUUUACUGUGGUAGUGGAUUUACAUAUGUUCCGGCUACAAAGACGUUGAGUCCUGUAAUUCGUGCUGUCGAUAAAUCUGCAAGUCCUUCCUCAGAUGACAAGCGCGGUGGCAAAAUUCUUAGAGGAGCCGUUGGCGCGUCCUUGGUUUUGGCUUGUGCCAUUGGAGUCUUCAGUUGCAGUUGUAACUUGAAGCCUGAGGCCAUUGCGUGUCCUGGAGACACCAUGCCUUCAGAAUACUCAACACAAGUUUUAGGGGCGAAGUCUGCAAUAAGCUCAAUCUUGGAAGUCAGCAAAAACUUGAUCACUUCAAAUGAAAAGCCAUUGAAGAAUUACAAAUUGCCUGACAAGCCUUCGACAGCAGAUAUUCGGAACCUUAAGACUGAGGCAGUGAGGAUAAUAAAAUCUGGAAACACUAGCAAAGCAAUGGACUUGUUGGACAAGGCAUAUAAUUCCUGCAAAACAAAAAAAUUUGCAGAGCAAGCAAAUGAGGUGGAUAUGGCAAUAGCAGAAAUCCUGAUCAGUCAGGGAAAGUACGAGGAAGCUUUGAAAAGGGACUGCUUAAAAUCUGAGGUUCCAUUUUCGAAAUCCGAUACUCGGUUCUUUCUUUACAAGGCUAUUGUACAUGCAAUGCUGGAUAACAAUGAUGAAGCAGUGAAAUGGUGGAAGAAAUAUGUUGACACUGUUGGAAAUGGAAUUGACCCUAACAGCCCUCCAAUUGCUUUGCAACAGUUCCCUUCCAAUGAAGCAAUUGAAGUUUAUAAGAUCAAUGCAAUGAACAAUCUUCAAGUGUUGCUGGAUCAGCUCGCGCCUUAUGAUAAUCAACCAAUCUCUUCAACGCCAAUUUUCCCCCGUGAAGGACUCCGAAUGACAUGGACCUUGAAAGAACGCCGCCGGCCUUACUUCUUCGCUUCCGUCCGUGAUCAAAAGCAUCAAGCAAGGCCGAUGGAUUACGCGCUUUGCGCCACCUAUGGACACCUAUCUAUGAAACCUCUUUGCUUCCCUUCAACCCUCAGAACUACUACCAAACUUGAGUUCAACUUGAGCCAUUCUUCUCAUUUGCUUUACAGUGGAUUUACAAAACAUCUUCCGGCUACAAAGCCGGUCAUGAGUCCUGUAAUUCGUGCUGUCGAUAAAUCUGCAAGUCCUUCCUCAGAUGACAAGCUCGGUAGCAAAAUUCUUAGGGGAGCCGUUGGCGCGUCCUUGGUUUUGGCUUGUGCUAUUGGAGUCUUCAGUUACAGUCGUAACUUGAAGCCUAACGCCAUUGCGGGUCCUCCUACCUGGGGUUCAAAAGGCCCAACAGUUGAACCUAGAACACAAAUUUUAGGGGCGAGGUAUGCGCUAAACUCAUUCUUGGAAGUCAGCAGAAACUUUGCUUCAUCUGAAGCUCAGCCAUUGAAGGAAGCUACCACAUUGCCUGACAUGCCUUCAACAGCAGAUAUUCGGUACCUUAAGACUGAGGCGGUGAGGAUAAUAAAAUCUGGAGAAACUAAGAAAGCAAUGGACUUGUUGGAGGAGGCAUAUGAAAAAUGCAAAACAAAAGAUAUUGCUGAGCAAAAAUAUGAGGCGGAUAUAGCAAUAGUAGAAAUUCUCAUCAUUCAGGGCAAGUACAAGGACGCCUCGGAGAGGGACUGCAUAAAAUAUGAUGAACCAGUUUCGACAUCCGAUAGGACCGAUACUCGGCCCUAUCUUUACAAGGCUAUUGUACAUACAAUGCUGGGUAAGAAUAAUGAAGCAGAGAAAUGGUGGAAGAAAUAUAUUGGCACUGUUGGGUAAGGACUUGACGUCUCCUACCUACCUGACCCUUCAAUGUGAUUAAUCUUUCAAUUAUUGUAAUACCCAUUUUUUAAGCAUGAUUAACAUAAACUAUAUACCAGGCAGGCAAGUGUGAGUCUCAAAAGAUUUUGUGUUGAAACGUAUGUAAAAAUUUAAAUUUUAAAAAAAUUGUUUUAA